AUGUCUCAGCCCAACCUGGACCCCAGAGAUCCCUCUAACACAACACCUUACGCCUCCCAUCCGUCUUCUAUCCUCUGGGCACAUCAACUCCGGCGUGACAUCGUUGUACUCACCGAGUUGAUCAAGGAGCUCCAAAACGACCAUGCUACGACAACCAAGAUUCUGACCGACCUCGGUGAAACUGUUGACCUUCUACUUGCGCGGAUACGUACGCUUGAGCUGCAGCGCGACACUGAUAAACUCAUUCUCGCCCAACAGGAUACAAAACUGGAGGAACUUGCGGAUUUACAUACUGAGCAGUUGGCUAAGUACAAGACUAUGUUUGACGAUAUUCGGGCUACACCCGAGAAGGCAGAGUCUGCGAAUAAGAUGUUGCUAGACAGGGUUAAGAUUCUUGAACGGUCAACUUGUGUUCGUCAGAAGAACACGACGAGCGAACAAGUGGCGAGUGCAGGUGAGAAUAGACUUCAUGUCGCUGAACAAGUAGGCUGGGUACUGCUUCUGAAAACGCCGUUUCAGGUCCAAUUCGGCCUGGUCGAAUCCCUGCUCGAACUGCACCAGGAAAUCCGAGCCUGA